GUGGCUGACGCCGUCCGGGGCGUUCCUGGCAGCUGGGGGCCGGCGAGGUUAGACCCGAGGCCCGGGAGGAGCCGGCGGGCGGCCACGUGACCGACCGCGGCGGGGCCCAGAAAUAGCAGCGGCGGCGGUUCCGCCCGCGGGCUGGAGCGAGGGAGAGGCGGAGACUGGUGGCCGCCGGCUCGGCACGGGCGCGGCCCCGGAGGAUGCUGAGCCCCUGCCCGGCCCGGCCCCGAGCACAUGAUGGCGAUACGGGAGCUCAAAGUGUGUCUUCUCGGGGACACUGGGGUUGGGAAAUCAAGCAUUGUGUGUCGGUUUGUCCAGGACCACUUUGACCACAACAUCAGCCCAACCAUUGGGGCGUCUUUUAUGACCAAAACUGUGGCUUGUGGAAAUGAACUUCAUAAAUUCCUCAUCUGGGACACUGCUGGUCAGGAACGGUUUCAUUCACUGGCUCCCAUGUACUAUCGUGGAUCCGCUGCAGCCGUCAUAGUGUACGAUAUCACCAAACAGGAUUCGUUUUAUACCUUGAAGAAAUGGGUAAAAGAACUGAAAGAACAUGGUCCAGAAAACAUUGUAAUGGCUAUUGCUGGAAACAAGUGUGAUCUCUCAGAUAUUAGGGAGGUUCCCUUGAAGGAUGCUAAGGAAUAUGCUGAGUCCAUAGGUGCCAUCGUGGUUGAAACAAGUGCAAAGAAUGCUAUUAAUAUUGAAGAGCUCUUUCAAGGAAUCAGUCGCCAGAUCCCACCUUUGGACCCCCAUGAAAAUGGAAACAAUGGAGGAAUCAAAGUUCUGAAUUCAUCCAUGCCAGGCACCCGGCCGUGCUGCUGACCCGUGGGCCAGGGUCCACCCCGCUGUGCACUGCUGAAGGACCUCCCCUUCUCAGUGGCUUGGCACCUCAUUUAGAGAGUGAGCACGCUGGCUUGGCAUCCUAGAAGACCUGCAGGGAAUGGGGCAGGCAAUGUCCCUGGAAAAGGAUUUUAGAAAACUCUGGAAAAAUCCACCAUACCGCCACAAAGUGGCCUUAGUGCAUGAAAUGCACACGGGAGGGAACAGAUGUUAGGUAAUAAGUAUAGUUGAGUUUUUUGUUAAAAGUCUUAAAAUACUCUUAAAUUUGUACAGAAGUCUUACUGGUUCAUUGUGUGUAUGAGAUUCUAAAGUGGAGUCCACUCAGGUUUCCUGUGUCCCUCGCCAGACUGCAGGAACUUGUUCAGUGCCUUUGCUUUGCUACCUAACCAGCCUGCACAGAAAGGCUCAUUUAAUUUAAUUUAAUUUACCUUUCAGUGGAGUGUAAUUGGACUAUCACUCAAGCUGUAGACUUGAGCUAUUAUAAAAGUGGAGAAAGAUGUGUUAGAAACCAUUGCCUACGUCUCUGACUUUUACUUGAUGAACAUUUUUUUAAAAUUUGGGUCAUAUAUAAACAAACACAUCAAAUCUGACUAAAAUAUUGCAUGUAAUUUUGGGAUUGGGAGGCCUAGUUUGGAAGAGUCAUUUCAAUAGUUACUGUGUAAGCAGUGGCAGAUGUAGGAUAUAAACAUUAUUCCAGACACCACCUGGUAUGCAUCAUCUCCACAGUAACAAAUUCCUACUUUCUUAGA